GAGCUCAAUCUCGAGUCCAUCAUCGAGCAAUGCCUCGAGGUCAGGGGCGCUAAGCCGGGCAAGAUGGUGACCGUGCCGGAGGGCCAGCUCAAGGCGCUGUGCUCGGCAGUGCGCGAGAUCGUCCUGGGCCAGAACACUCUUCUGGAGGUGGAGGCGCCGCUCAAGGGGCGCCCGCGGAUCUGCGGCGACAUCCAUGGCCAGUACCACGAUCUCCUCCGCCUGUUCGAGUAUGGUGGUUUUCCUCCAGACAGUAACUAUCUGUUCCUCGGCGAUUACGUCGACCGCGGGAAGCAGAGUUUGGAGGUGAUCGUGCUCCUGUUUGCCUAUAAGAUAAAGUUCCCGGAGAAUUUCUUCUGUCUUCGCGGCAACCACGAGUGCGCGUCCAUCACGCGCAUCUACGGCUUCUACGACGAGUGCAAGCGGCGCUACAACAUCAAGCUCUGGAAGACCUUCUGCGAUGUCUUCAACUGCCUCCCAGCCUGCUCCCUCAUCGAUGAGAAGAUUAUCUGCAUGCACGGCGGCUUGUCUCCUGAGAUCAGCGACAUGGAGCAGAUCCGUAGGAUAACGCGGCCAACGGACGUGCCAGACAACGGGCUCCUCUGCGACCUCCUCUGGGCCGACCCCGACAAAGACAUUGCUGGCUGGGCCGAGAACGACCGCGGGGUCUCUUUCAUCUUCGGGCCUGACGUGGUGAGUACUUUCUUGUCUAAGUUGGACAUGGACUUGGUGUGCCGUGCGCACCAGGUUGUGGAGGACGGCUACGAGUUUUUCGCCAAGCGCCAGUUGAUCACGCUCUUCAGCGCUCCGAACUACUGUGGGGAGUUCGACAAUGCCGGGGCGAUGAUGAGCAUCGACGAAACGUUGAUGUGCAGCUUCAAGGUGCUCAAGCCCGUGAAGGGUAAGGCUGCCCGCUAGGAAUGCGAUGAUGCCUGAAGUAGUC